AUCGCCUGAUGGUUCGAUUCAUAAGGAUUUGUAAUCUCGUAAUUUGAUUCGACUAGUGAAUGUCCAAAGACUAGUUUUUAAUACUUGAAAUGUAUAUAAAUUAACAUUAUGUCUAUUUUCUUGUAAUAAUUUGUGAAGAUGGCAUCGAUUUUGCGAGUGUUUCUGCAUAUAUGGUCCAUAUUAGCACAAUUUAUAUUUGGUGCAGUUGGUACUGAAUUCAAGGACUGCGGAUCAAGUGCAGCAGUAAUAAGUACUUUUGAAGUGUCUGAUUGUCCUAAAGGCCCAUGUCUAUUUAAAAGGAAUACAAAUGUAACACUGACUGUUCAACUGACACCAAAUGAAAAUAUCAAAAGCGCCACUACAAAUAUAUAUGGAUAUAUUGGUUCAAUCAAAACGCCUUUUGUACUUCACAAGGAUGCAUGCGUUAAUAGUAUAACAUGUCCCAUUGCCAAAGGAGUACUAACAACUUUUACAGAUACCAUUUAUGUUGAAUCAGCGUAUCCUAAGAUGCGUCUAGUUGCAGAUUUAGAAGUAAAAACUGACAAUGGGAAAUUGUUGAUCUGUUCCGAAUUUCCAGCCGAAAUAACGGACUAAUAACAGACUAAAACAAUUAUAUAUUUUUACCUUUUUAUAUAAUUAUUGUAGAACAGAUUACCAAUUUCACUAUAGAAUAUUUGCAGUGGUAUAUGUUGUUUCAGAAUAAAAAUAUGUUGUUAAGAAUGAAAAUAUACUAACUUUUUAUGAUAUUACCAUAUAUAAUGGUUGAAAAUAAACCAUGUGAACGUAACUAAAUGACCUAAU